AUAUUAUUGAAAUUGACUAUUUGAAUUUGAUUUUGAUGUAACUCAAAUCUUUUAUUAUUUGUAUAAGUUAUCAAUUCUUAAGGUACACUUGUAAACUUUUAUAUCUAUUACAACUUAUUAAUUUAAUAUGGAACAUAGAUUUUCAACAUAUGAAACUAUUAGUUCAAAAGCAUGCCCUGUGUACAUUAAAUUGAAAUUUCAACAAGUUAAGCGUAGACAAGAAACUUUAGAGAUACAAAAACAAAAACGUGAUCAACAAAUUAAUGAAAGAAGAAAUAUUAAAAAUGAUGCAAAUAAUACAUAUAUGGAAAUUGACGAAAGAAAAAAUGGAACAGUGGAGCCAAGUAAUGAAGUAUAUGAACUUGCAUCGUCCAUGAUGUAUUCAGAAUGGAUGCUUGAAACACCUGAAGACAUUGAUAGUUGGAUUGCAGUGUUAUGUCCAGAAGGAAAGCGAUGUUGUGUUAUUGCUCAAGAUAACAAAACAAAAACAGUUAACAAAUUUGGAACUACACUCAACAAUUUUCCAUCAUUAUUUCCAUAUGGAUGCCGUGUAUCAAAUAAUUGUCCAUCUCAUCGUAAACGUACAGUUUUAGACUGUGUGUAUAGUUUCAAGUUAAAAAAAUAUUAUGUUUUGGACAUUAUUGAGUGGAUGGGUGUACCAUAUACAAAUUUUGAUGCUGAAUUCAGAUUUUACUUUAUACAGAGUAAACUUAAUGAAAUACCAGGUAUCAAUGAAAAAUCAACAACAAAUUUUUAUCCGUUUGAACUCGCUCCACGAAUGAUUACCAGAGAUUUGUAUCAGCAUCUGUUGGAAAAAUAUCAAUUUUUCCCUGAUAAUAUUGAAUUAGACGGUAUUAAUUUUUACUAUCCAGAAAGUUUGUACACCUCAGGUGAAACACCAUUAGUACUUUGGCUGAAACCGUUUAUGAUACCUGAUGUUUUACAAAAGCCAGUCAAUGAUCAAUUAGUACAACUACAUAGACCGCCUAAUUAUGUUAAUGUAUUUGAGUACAGUCAGAGUUUGAAAAAGAAAAAUAAAAAAUCUAGGAAGAAGAAGAAUUCUACUCUUAAUUAUGAUAAAAUGGAAGUAGAAAAUUUGGUUGAGGUAGAAAUGGAUAAAGAUCCAGUCAUUGAAAAUGACAUUUUUAUGGAAAACUAACAUUGAUAUUUCAACUAUUAUAAUGUGAUAUUAUGCAUGUUUAAAAAUUGUUAUUAACUUAUUA